ACUGAGCAGUACAGAAGAGGCAGAGAAGAUAAAGAUGUGUCGGAAUUGAAGAUGACCUCGCUAAGAGAUGACUUUCAGGUUCAAACAGGAAUUGGAGUAUUUUCUUCCCAACACUGGUCGUCAACAUGCUGUCCUCCAGAACCUUCUUCUGACUUGAAGAGCGUAUCCUCCUUGGUCUCACACACCGUGGUGGCACUGCCGCCUCAGUGUGAGCCUGUGUGCCCGCCGCUGCCACCAUCUUUACGGCCUCUGGAAGAGGGAUCCAUAGACCUGGUGCUACUCAAGGAGCCCCCAAAUGAGGCACCAGAAGCCCAAGCCUGUUGUUCUCGCGAGCUGCUGCUCAUCGUGAUCUUGUCCUUCGCUGUCAAACUUCUCAUCACCGCAGCUCUCUUAGUAAAGUUCCUACUUUUUCCAUCGGAGUUAAAGUCCUCGUCGCCGCCUUGUGGUGUGAAAGGCAACUGCAGCGUGCCGACCCUGCAGCCGUCUCCGCCAAAGACCCCUGUUAACCCCAUAGUCAAUGUCACAGCAGAAUGCCCAGGCUUUGCUGGCGAUGGCAGGCGCAUCGUCGGAGGGAUGCCGGCAGCUGUGGACGUUUGGGGUUGGCAGGCCAGCUUGCACUGGAGAGGGAAUCACGUCUGUGGGGGUGCCAUUGUCUCGCCACGCUGGGUCAUCACCGCAGCUCACUGUUUUGUUGAAGACGACAUGUCACAGGUGGCCGACUGGCAGGCGGUGGUGUCGAUCGUCAACAUUUUCAAGCUCUACAUGGGAAAACGAUACCGAGCUCUGCAAAUUCUUUAUCACCCUCGAUUCAACACGCGCAGCAACGAUUACGACAUCGGCCUUCUGCGCACCAUCGUCGACAUAGAGAUGAGCGGCGGGGUGCGACCAGUCUGUCUUCCCAGUCCCGACGAGUCCUUUCUUCCCGGUGCACCCUGUUGGAUCACGGGCUGGGGGUCAGUCCAGGAAGGAGGUACUGUGUCGGAUGAACUCAGGCAAGCUCAGGUUAAGGUGAUCGCCGAGUCGGUCUGCCGCCGCCCGACCAUCUACGGCGUGCACUUGACACCUCGGAUGAUCUGCGCCGGCUCCUUGGUGGGAGGAGUGGACUCCUGCCAGGGUGACAGUGGAGGGCCCCUGGUGUGUGAGACGGCUUUGGGGGAGUGGAGGCUGGCGGGGGUGGUGAGUUGGGGCGAAGGCUGCGGUCGCCGCAAUAAGCCGGGCGUGUACAGCCGAGUUACCAAGUUGAUGGACUGGGUCGGACAACAUCUGGAGGUACAUUGA